AUGUCAAAUUUUUCACAACCUCCCCCCCCUCCGAAAAAUUCAUUUUGUUUACUGUUACGUAAUUGUAUUUUAAAAUGGAAUGAAUUUCAAAAUUUAUCAAUAGGCCUGUUUGAAUUUAAGUUUCCAGUACUGCUAAAACGUUGGUAUCCCAAUAGCACUGGAGGUAAACAUCAAGGUUCCACAAAAUCUACUCGUACUGAUAGUGUAGCCAUAGCUAAUGAAACUGUUUCAUCAAAAGUCACAACAGCAUUAAUACCAGGAAUAGUCGAUGCCUCAAUUCCUAUGGAUACUCAAUUAACAACUUCAUUAUCAUCACCAACACAUCCAAUUAUCUCGCAUCAAUCAUUCACUACAGGGGGUGAAUCGAAUAAUCCGUCUAAUUCACCAAAAUCAAAUAUCUCUCCUGAAUUAAGUACAUCAUCAUCAACAUUUCAUACAAUUGGUGCCUCUAGUACAACUCCAUCUCAGUCAUCUCCUCUAUUAUCAGCUUUAUUAUUACCUGGUUUAAAUCAAGAAACUUUUCAGAGUCGUAAUUUAGCUUUGAAUCAAGCUAAUUUUAUGAAAAUAGAUGAAUCUGAAGGAGGAAUGAUCAUUCCACCUCCUGGCAAUUCAACAAUAAUGAUAUCAACUGACAAUAGUCCUACAAAUAAUAAUAAUAAUGCAAUUACUUCAUAUUCAUCAUCAAUAACGUCAUCAUCCUCAUUGUAUACAAAUAUUAUGUCUUGUACAACAAGUCUACUUUCAAGCGAUGUUUUCACAACCGACUACAACAACACUUCUAUCAUCACUGAUUCUACUACUGAUGAUAAUGAUAAUAAUAACAAUAAUGAUAUGAUGAAUGCGAUUCUCAAAGAUUCUCUUCCAGCUGUUGCUAUCACUUCUUAUCCAACUGGCGUUGAUGUUGUUCGAGUUGAUGGUAGUAGUGGUGGUGCGGAAGGUGGGCAGCUUGACAAGAUGUCGGCUAUUAACAACAACAUCCACAGCAAUAAUAAUGUAGAUUCGUUAAAGUCAGAUAUUGAAAUGGUGAGUGCUUCUGAAUCAGAGAUCAUCUCUAGUGGUAGUAUAAUUGACUCGGAACAAAUCACUGAACAAAGUCGAAUAACAGAAUUACCAGAGAAAUCUUCGACGUCAACAUCAUUAUUACCAUUGUCGACACUGAAUGCAGAAGAUUCAAGUUAUACUACUACUAUUAAUAACAGUAAUAAUAAUGAUAAUGGAUCGGUGAAUGAUAAUAUAAUUAAAACAUCUGUAGAUACACUUCCCAUUGAUAUUAAUAAUAAAAACAAAACCGCAAUUGCACUAAUAAACAAUACUAAUGAAGUGAUUACAGUAAUGACAACGGUGGCUACCACUGCUACUAUUACUACUACUACCACUCUAAGCUGUGAUCCAGAUGAGGAUGAUGGUGAGGUGGAGAAUAAUGAUGAUUGUGGUGACGAGACUGUUACUACUACUACUACUCGUAGUAGUAGUAGUAGUAAUAAUAAUAAUAAUAAAAACAAUACAAUGACGAAUUCAAGUUCACGAAAAUGGCCAUCUGUUCGGCUUGUACCUAAUUUAUUACGUCAUCCUACAAAAUAUACAACAAUCUAA